AAAACUAUGCAUUUCAAGAGCGCUCUUAUUAUCUACGCGUUAUAUUUCGUGACGUCAGCAUGGAGCGUCGGACUAAACAGUGAUCAAUUGAUAGAGUUGAAAACACUGGUUAGAAAUUACAAAAAAUCUAAUCGAGUUGACAAGAUUGGAUUCGCAAAAGACGUGGAAAAAACCCUUGGAAUGAAAUGGGAAAAUGCUGAAUCUAUGUUUGAAUACAAUUCAAAUGACCCCGAUUUGCAUUGUUUAUUGAAGACGUUGGCGAAUAUGGACAAAAGCUCCGACAAAACCGAGGUUAAAAUACUCGAUUUUCAAGAAGUAAAUUUUCUCCUGGACAACUUUAAUGCAGUCUCCAGAUCUCGAAGACAACAGAGAUUUCGUACUCGUCAGCAGCUAUUUCAAGUAUUUUACUUUUGGAGAGGAAUGAAUAGAGCAUUGAGCGGAAAAUUAAGAGAACUGGAAUCCGGUAGACGCGCCAACUAUGUAGUUAACGCUGUGGAAUGCUUGUGGUUUAUGUUGGAAAUCAAAAAAGCCGUCUGCGCUAACGGUUUCAUGUCCCUUGAUUCUGGCGAUAAAUCUACAAUGAAAGAGUUCCACGGUAAAACAAAAGUAAACUUUUUGGAUUUCGUGAAAAGAACAUUGGUUCACGAUAAACAUAAACAAGACCCACAAUCUCCAAAACUAUAAUAUUAAUUUUCAAUAAUACAAUUUUUAC